GGUAUGUUGCUGAUAUUUUGUGCGUAACUUCUCUAGCGAAUUUUCUUGGCACUGUUCGAUUGCUUCAGUUGAUUGUGGACUCGCAAGAUUAGCCAAAGUGCCCCCUCGGUGUGCCGGUGUUGAUAAAAGCAGUAGCAGCAAACACCAGCAGCAGUGCCAUCAGGUUUGUGUCGCAUAUAAUUCGGAGGUGUUCAAGAAACAAUUAAAUCAUCCAUAGAAACGUUCUAAGUAGGCCAACCACGAAAAAACAUAAACCACAAACGGGAGAGCCGUAGAACAUCAACAGCGGCUGUUUGGUAGGAUUCUGUGAGCACUGCGUCGAGUCUGGGAGCACUGCGUCGUGACUGGGAGCGCGCUCUCUCUCUCUCUCGCAACGUUACAGCAAGAAGAGAUCGAUUGGUUUCAACGCAACUUUUCUAACCCGCUAGAAAGAGAAGGAAGAUAGCGCCGAGUGAAGCGAACCGUACACCGCAACCAUGUCACUCAGUCUUAUGCUAACGCUCUGUCAACGGGGCACUCGGGGCUUUGUGUUGCGCCCGGGUAGUGUGAACAUCCGACUAGCGGCUUCAGCAGUACAGCAACGACACUGUCCAGCAGCGGAAUCGCCCAUCAACCAGCAGCAUAAUCGCACGUUCCUCACGAUGGCGUGCGUAAAUCAGCAACAACGAUGCGUUUCGGUCGACAACAUCAAUCCGGCAAUCAAAACGAUGGAGUACGCGGUUCGUGGACCGCUGGUUAUACGUGCCGGUGUUAUCGAGAAGGAACUUGAGAAGGGUGCGAAAAAGCCCUUCAAAGAGGUUAUCCGUGCUAACAUCGGAGAUUGUCACGCGAUGGGUCAACCGCCAAUUACCUUCAUCCGGCAGGUACUCGGACUGGUAUCGUAUCCUCCACUGUUCAGAGACCCAUCUAUUCCGGAAGAUGCAAAGCAGCGGGCUCGUGACAUCUUGGACGGCUGCAAAGGUGGAUCUGUCGGUUCGUAUUCCGAUUCCGCUGGGAUUGAGAUAAUUCGCCGACAUGCUGCCAAAUAUAUCGAGCGCCGUGACGGUGGCAUUCCGGCCGACUGGCAGAACAUCAUCCUUUCGGCGGGUGCGUCUGGUGGCAUCAAGGUGCUGAUGGCGCUGCUGCGUUGCCCGAUCGAUGGUAAAAAGCCCGGUGUUAUGAUUCCGAUUCCACAGUACCCGCUGUACUCGGCUACGAUUGCCGAGUUCGAUAUGGAGCAGAUCGGCUACUAUCUGGAUGAGGCAAACAAAUGGGGACUGGAUAUUGCUGAGCUGGAGCGUUCGUUGAAUGAGGCGCGCAAGGUAUCGGCACCGCGCAUACUGGUCGUUAUCAAUCCGGGCAACCCGACCGGACAGGUGCUGUCACGGUCUAACAUUGAGGACAUCAUCAAGUUCGCGCAUCGCGAACGUUUGGUACUGUUUGCGGACGAGGUGUACCAGGAUAACGUGUACGAAGCGGGCUCAAAGUUCCACUCGUUCAAGAAAGUGAUGAUGGAGAUGGGUGAACCGUACAGCAAGAUGGAACUGUGCAGCUUCAUGUCUUGCUCGAAGGGAUACAUGGGCGAAUGUGGCAUACGCGGUGGAUACGCUGAGAUUGUCAAUCUCUGCCCAGAUGUGCGCACGAUGCUGUUGAAGUGCAUCUCGGCCCAGCUCUGCCCAACCACGGCCGGUCAGGCCGUGCUCGAUUGUGUGGUAAACCCACCGCAAAAGGGUGAACCCUCGUACGAGGAGUUUGAAAAGCAAAAGGCGGCAGUGUUGGAGUCGUUGCGCGAACGUGCAGAACUGGUAGCACGUACGUUCAACUCGAUCGAAGGUUUCUCGUGCAAUCCGGUACAGGGUGCGAUGUACGCCUUCCCGCAGAUUCGAUUGCCCCCCAAGGCACUCGAGGCGGCCAAAAAGGAGGGAAAACCGGCAGACACAUUCUACGCAUUCCAGCUGCUUGAGGAGACCGGUAUCUGCAUCGUUCCCGGUUCCGGUUUCGGACAACGUCCCGGCACCUAUCACUUCCGCACGACGAUUCUGCCCCAGCCGCAAAAGUUGAAGGAAAUGCUUAGUCUAUUCAAAUCCUUCCACGAGAAAUUCUUGCAGAAGUAUAAGUAAUAAUCAUUCGCGUGAAGGCAGUAAAGUCGCCUCUCCAACAUCAGAAACAAAGGUGAAGAUUAUGAAGGUGAUCCGCAGUUACGCAAACAGGUUAGAUGUGUUAGGGCCAUGGAAGUGGUAAACUUCCGGAACAUCACUAGCUCCACAGAGUGGACAUCCCAGAAUCGAUAAACAUAUCGCACCAGCGGAUUGUCAGGAGAAAAAAAGGAUUAUAUCGUAACAAACAAAAAACCAUAAAUGAAUCCCAAGGAAAGGAACCUAGUAAAGCAUAUUCAAAACAAUCUAAUUGCGACUUCUCUCAACGACAAGGCAUCGCCUUAAGCAAUUCAAAACACAUCACGAGCGAUAAUCCAAGAAUAUGCGCGAGAUUAAAAAAGGGUUCGCUAACAUUGAUUACAAUUAGCUGUUGCAAAAUAAUCUUAUUCAUAUAAUGUUACGAUCUGCUCCUGACAUUCGACAUUCGUUUUGCAAAUUUGUGUUAGCACACGUUAUUUUUCUUGGGUGCGUACUAUUGUUGUAUGUGUGCGGAAAUUUUUUUGUUUCAAACGUUAACCCCACGUUACCGGAAGAUCAGCGUAAACUAUGGGGAAAAUCAAAACUCAUACAUGAUUCUUGACUCAAGCGAAGUUAUAGCAUAAAAUUUAAGUUUUCGUUCCUCCGCACAGGUAUUACAAAAUAGCACAGCAUUGUUAGUUCGUAAUAAUAACAAAAAAAAACUGUUUCUGCGACGAAUUAUGAGAAGCCACCGAAGAGCAUUUAAUGCUUUUUCUUCGCAACAAUCUCGUUUCGCUUUUUUUUUUGGGGGAGAACUGUUAAAGAAGCAAGUAAUACACGUUUAAAAUGUGAUGCAUAUUGGUAUAUAUUGAGAGGGCAGCAAAGCGAAACUCUCGUAAAAACGCAAGUAAACAUUCACAAACUCGGAUGGAUAAUGGUUAAAACUACGGCAAAAUAGCUUCUCAACGGAUUUUCAUAUAUUAAUCGCGAAAGUUUAAAAAAAAAAGGCUUCGAUAAGUUUUGCUGGGUUGUAUUUAUGGCAUGCUUGUUAUUACCGUUUCCAAAAAAAAACCUGGUUCAUUCAGCAAUUGGAGGUUAGCGAUAUAAUUCGCUAAAGAGCAACGAAGUCUUUAAACAAACUAAGAUGACCGACGAUGUGACUUAACAAGCGCCAAAAUAAGCAAGUAAAUUAAACUAUAUUCGCAUUAAAGGAAAACUGUACGCAAAUUCGGAAACUUAAAGACAAUAAUUUUUACACGGCGCAAACAGGUGUAAAAGUUUGAUUGUGAAGUAAAGUUUUAUAACUGUAGUGUUUACCGUUCAUCUGACAUCUAUUGGACAUGAAUGUCUUGUUAUUUUCGAACAAAAAAAAACCGGUGCUCUUUGGCGAAUGCUGCCGAUUACAAUAACAUCCCUUUUUGCUGCUUUGUUUCGGGAAUUAUUUUUUGGUAAUUUCACGUUCGGUGUGCUGCCGGGUAUACAAACUGUUGAAUCAUCCGCAGUGUAUUGGAAGCAAAUAUAUUAUUUUUCUUUUCCACAAAAAGUACAGAUUUACAGGCGCGAUUUGCAGUAAGAGCGGCAAAUCUAGAACAAACAAGAACACUGCCUCUUUUUUCCCCAAAGCGAACCAUUACCUGCGAAAUAGCCAAAUACCUUUAGGUAUACAACAAACGAUAAAACAACUGAAAUACAACACCCCCUUCAACUUGUCAGUUGAUUCGAGCCUUGAUAAAUAUUUAACCUACCCAAUGUUCAAUGUUUGCCGAAUACAUACAAAUAUAAUCAAA